CCUUUUCUGCUUAUCGGUAUAUCGCUCUCCAGAACAGAAUGGGUCAUAAAGGAGAGAAAGGUCCUCUAGCAUCUUAUUUGAAUAGAAAAGAUGAAAACAUAAGCAUUUUCUCUGCCAAUAGAUAUCUCGCAGAAGACCGUAUCCUUUGUUCUGCAUUGGUAACAAAAUCCGAACAUUCUUGGUUAUUACGUUAUAUUAAAUCCUCUCAGGCUGAAACAGAUGUACCUGAAGAUGCUAUUGGACUGAUUAGGCAACGAAGACGUUGGAUAAAUGGCUCUUUUUUUUCUGGCUUUAAUGGUGUCAUGCACUUUUAUUUUAUUUCGAGAAGCGAUCAUUCUAUUGGGAAUUUUUAUUUAGCAUUUCACAAAUUGAGUCAAAAUCUCAUUAUUCAUCUUGUUCCCUGGAGCCCAGAUGUCAAAAAUGGCAUAUUCAUAGCUUUACAAUAUAUUUAUUUGUCACUGAUAAUUUUGCAAUUCAUCCUUGCCUUAGGACAUAUGCCUCAAGGGCCGGAGGCACUACCAAAAAUGUUAAAGGAACAUGCCAUCAGUGUUGAAUCUAGCACGAGAAUACCUACAGUUGAAAUUUCUAUUCCACAAGACAUUAAUGAUAUAUAUCAGCAAGCUGUUCAGGAAAUAAGGCGAAAACCUUCAAAAGAUAUAAUAAUUGAUAUGCCAGAACAAAACAGACAAAAUUCAAACAAAUUAUUUCGGACAAAAGUUCUAUAUUUAUGGGUUCUUAAUGUAUUUAACACUAUCAAAUGUCAUAAAAAUAUCGACCAUAAGAAAGAAAUAGAGCGAAAAAUUGGCGUGAAGGUUGCUGUUGGACAAGAAUUUGGAGGUGGUCCAACAGCUGCCCUCUAUCUUCGUCAACCAAGCUCGACAUACACUUUUGUUUCUUUAUUUCCAAUAUG